AUGGUUUCCUUUUUAAGUGACAACGAAAAAGCAGAACUCUACUGGAAGCGCUAUUUGGCCAUGGAUAACAGUGCCAUCGCAGAUUUAUUCGUGGGCCAACUUAUGAGCACUCUGGAGUGUACCGAGUGCAAGUUCAAGUCUACAACUUUUGAUCCUUUCUGGGACCUAAGCCUGCCAAUUCCUAAGCUCACUUUUAUUCAAGAAGAUAACAAUGGAUUCUUCUGUUACUUGGCUGAUACAAUUGUCCCCCAGUCAAAUGACUACUCCAAGCAAACACCAAGUAAAGGCAGUAAACUGGCUUGCCUCUACACGCAAUACAUACUCAGAAACCAGUGA